UUACUGGACUUGAACAAGGCGUGAAUUUAAAAGACUUGUCUGGAACCAUACAAAAUGAUAUUCUCAAGGAGUUCAUGGUCCGUAAUACUUUCAUCUAUCCACCCGAACCGUCCAUGAGAAUUAUUGGGGAUAUUUUUUCUUAUAUUUCAAAGAACAUGCCAAAAUACAAUUCUAUUUCGAUUUCUGGGUAUCAUAUGCAAGAGGCUGGUGCUGAUAAUGUUUUGGAAUUAGCUUUUACUGUUGCAGAUGGGUUAGAGUAUAUCAGAACAGGAAUCAAAGCUG